UGACUGUGUUGCGGCAUCGUCAGUGUGGGAGCCAGUGGGAAGGGAGACGUUCUAACCGCUAUACUAGCCGUUAUAGUUGCUAAGCCGUAGUUAUUCAGUUACCAGUGGAAUAACCAAUAUAUCUGGUACCUACGUCGUAUCUCGUCCUCCUAUAUACUGACUUGGUUCAACUCCCGAGAAAUACGACGUCCGUCUCCUUUGCUAGACGUCUAGCUAUUGCUAGCUACUUCCUGGUUGGCGUCUCGGCCAUUUUGGUUCCGUAUUGAGAUCCAAGGAUUCCGAGGAAGUGCAAGCUAGCUCCCUCUCUCCCGUGUAUACCGCAAGAAGACUACCGGAGUGUUAUCCUUGUCCUGACACUUGCCAAACAGGGGGAUUUUACAGAACGAAGGGUGAACCAUGAAUCCGGAAUAUGACUAUUUAUUCAAGCUUCUGCUCAUCGGUGACUCCGGGGUGGGAAAGUCUUGCCUCCUCCUGCGAUUUGCGGAUGACACAUACACAGAGAGUUAUAUCAGCACCAUCGGCGUGGACUUCAAAAUACGAACCAUCGAGUUGGACGGGAAGACUAUCAAGCUCCAGAUUUGGGACACGGCAGGCCAGGAGAGGUUCAGGACCAUCACGUCCAGUUAUUACAGAGGGGCCCACGGUAUCAUAGUAGUGUACGACGUCACGGACCAGGAGUCCUUCAACAAUGUCAAACAGUGGCUGCAGGAAAUCGACCGCUACGCCAGUGAAAACGUCAACAAGCUCCUCGUGGGAAACAAGUGUGACCUGACGACGAAGAAGGUGGUGGAUUACACAACGGCCAAGGAGUUUGCAGACUCGCUGGGCAUCCCCUUCCUGGAGACCAGUGCUAAGAACGCCACCAACGUGGAGCAGGCCUUCAUGACCAUGGCCGCCGAGAUCAAGAAGAGGAUGGGUCCCGGGGCGGCGGCGGGCGGCGGGGACAAGCCCAGCGUCCAGCUCACCCCCGGGACCAGCGUCAAGCCCUCGUCAGGGGGCUGCUGCUGAGAACCGGCCCUCCACUCCGUCCCCUCCCCGGUUCCCUAUACUCACCGUACCCAUACGGCCACCCCUCCACUCCCAACCUGGCGCUUUCUCCUCCCCACCCCUAGACACCCUACCAUGAUGGCUCAUCCCUGCACCUCCCCAACAUGGCCGCCACCCUCCUCCUUUCCUAAACACCCUACCAAUGGCCGCCCCAUGCUCCUUCCCAACAUGGCCACCAUCCCUCCUUGAAACAUCCAGUGUGUCCACCUAAAAAAGCCAACUACCAAGAAGGAGAGAGAUUAUGUUUCUGGAUCCCGUGUUAAGUAUGCAAUCGUGUAAGAGAUAAAUAUGGCAGUUGGCUUUAUUUGUACUGUACAUAACGUAGCCACACUAUCAAAAUAAAUAACACCACUUCAUGUUGUAUUGGGAAAAAAAAACAUAUGACAAAAUAAUCGACCAGACAAUUAAUUUGACCCCCCCCCCAUCACUUUUCGCUUCCAUCCUAUUCCCACAAGAUCUCUCCCAACCCAUAGGCCUCGCUGAGACAAUAGACGUUGUUUGGAGUCCUGGUUAAACAGCCCUUUGUUGAAGGUUUAUGAGAACAGUGUGUGCGUGUUGAGUUGUGUGUGUGUGUGUGUGUGCGUGUGUGGAUGUGUCUUUCACUGCAUUCCUUAAGUGGGGUUGGUAUUCAACUUGCUAUGUGUUCUGUUUGUAUGCGUUUAGUUUCUUGAAUCAAAUGUUUUUUUUAAAUGCUGUUUGUUUUCAGCAUGGGUUUUCUCCCCCUCCCUGUUUUUAGUUUUUGUUUUCUGUUUUGUUUCUAUGCCAACUUCUGCACAACAGUGUGUCACUGUCCCAACAUUUAGUCUCGUGCAAAAAUAUAUAUACACGUGUAUGUAUGUAUAUAUGUGUAAAAUCCAAUCUGCCAGUUCUGUUGUUGUCAAUCCCUCAUCUGGGUAUAGCAUUGACUUCUCGGUCUGGAUUGGUUUUGUGGCUGAAGACUCAUAUUGUCAGUUUGUUGCUCGACAUGUAACACUGAAAAAAAUAAAUACUACAUCAAGACUGUAUGAACCGGAACAGGAUCUGCGUGCAGUUCUUAAAUGCUGAAGAUAAAAAAAAAGAAGUUUGUUUUGAAUUGUUUAUUCUACAUUCAUAUGGUAAAUCCUAUGUGUCGGUAACUUGGAAUCAUGGCUAUUCUCUGGCCACGAACUGUUUAAUCUGCAGAAAUGCAACAAUAUAUAAAAUAAAAUACACUAUGUUCUCUUGUUUAUAUAAUAAAGGCAACUGAAUCCAGUUUCAGAAGGAACUAUCUGGGAUCAUUGUUUCAGCAUGUUCUGCCAUACGAUCUGUGCUCACAAUAAGUUUGGUCUGCCGGUCGCGCACACCGAUAUUCUGCAGGAACCGGUAAAAAUAACCUCCUUUAGUUUGUGUUCAAACCCAUGGUUUAGUUUGGCUGAAUUUUGAGUGGGAGUCUAAAGCAGAUAUAUUCGGCCUGUUUUCCACUGGAUACGACUUAGGAUGGACAGGAAAUCCUUGGAAUCAGUUUUGUUCCCUAUGAGUCAGCACUUAUCAAGUGGUUUGACUCACAAGGAUAUUGGUUCAACAUGCUUACACAUGAAGGAUGGCAAGUGGUGGUGUAAGAUAGCAGUUAUUGCCAUGUAACCAGGCUUUUUAACUGAUCUCUGGGGUAUUUUUUAGCACUGAAAGGCAUACUUCAAAACACCAAAGUAAUCCGUUUGAUUAAAAUGGAAAGAAAACAUUAUUUACGGAAAUGCAAGUCUUUGUCAAUUAAUUGAAUGUAAGACACACAAAUAUCAAAGGACAAUCAAAAAGGGACCAAACUAUUGUUACAAAACUUUAUUUUGUGUAAGCUUGUGCUACGUUCUGUUAACAAAUUGAGGAAAAUACAAAAUUAUCAAAGCUGCUUUAGCUGACAUUUUAAAACGUUUUUUAAAGCACUUUUCAUAUUUGAAACUACAGCUGCAUUUGGAUAAUACAAAGUUAAA